AUGCAGAUCAUGCAGCUUGCGGCGGCGCUGGACCGCGGUCAGGCCUACAACCCGACCAGCUCGGGCGCGUACGCGGAGCGCAUGGAGAUCAUGGACGGGCUGCUCCAGCAGCUCGUCGCCUCCAGCCCGCCGCUGCCCACGGCGCUCUCGGAGCUCGACGGCGAGUGGGAGCUCGUGUUCACGUCGGUUGCGCACGGGAUCUUCCGCUCCAGCCCAUUCUUCCUGGCGAUUCGCGAGGCGUAUGCGCGCGACGGCGAGCCCGACAAGGCGGAGCUCUUCUUCAAGCUGCACGAGCUGCAGACCUGCUCGUGGGGCAUCUCUAAGAUUGGCCGCGUCGCGCAGCUCAUCGACUCGAGCAAGGGUUACCUGUACUCCGAGUUCGACACGAACCUCCUCUCGCUGACGACGAUCCCGGCCUGCGACACCCGGAACUGCUGCCCACGUUUGGAGGCGGCCCUCCCCGUAGGCUGCGUCAUCACGGCGAGCAAGGUCGAGCUGCAGGGCGACCGCCUCGCGAUGGAAGUCGACUACACGACCUCCCGCCCCGUGCCAGGGCUGAGCGGGCUCCGCCCGCUGCCCGGCGGCGCGGGUAAAUGGAUCGCCGAGCAGAUCUGGAACCUGAGGGUGCCGGUGGGUGCUGUCUGGAAGUUGCUGCCGUGGAACAAGGGCCUGGCGCCCACGUGCGCCGUCAAGCUCGUCUACCACGACGGCGACAUGCGCAUCGUCGAGGAGGACGGCGGCUCGCUAUUCGUUUAUAUGCGGCCGGUCGCGCCACGCCCGAUUGACGGGCCGCAGUUCAAGUAG